AUGGCAUGUUCAGAGGGACUUUUUCUCGAUUGUACUGGUGAAGCGCCAUACUCUAUGAUAAUAAAUUACACACCUCCUGAUGCCAGAAAUGAAGAGCAAGGUCCAGCGGUAUAUGAUGCGUCGUGCUCUGGGUUGACUGGCCUCACGACAGAUUAUGUGGCAUGCGAUGGUCCAUAUAGCUGGGUGUCAACUGCGGUUGGGGAUGCUGGAUAUGUGAAAGUUAGCAUGGAAUUCAAGGCCAAUGGACAUGAUUGGUCUGGAAGAGGAUGGUAUUCCCUAGACGGAGAUGAAGAUAAUUUUUUGAUAAUGCCGCAUUUGUCGAGGGAUUGGGUUUAA